AUGUGGAAGCACUCUGUCAAGUUCUCCUUCAUUACAAACCAAUUGAUCAUCCAGAGAGCAUACCUACAAAAGUAUGCUAAGGCUAUCUACAAAUGGCUUCGAUCACUGUUGUCAGACAUUUCUCUCAUCCUUCCAAAAUCCAUAAUUCAGCCUUCUAACAGCAAAUCCAAUCUGAACAAUAUGGUGUCCAGCUACUUUCUAGCACAAUCCUUACCGCUCAUUGAGUUAGACAAAAACACAAUUGCAAAGAUACCAAUGUCUGUCUCUGAUGCCGUUCUUUUUAGGCACAAUGCUGUUUACAUUGUGGCAGGUGGACUGACUGGCUUGGGAUUUGAAACAGUCAAAUUUAUUCUAAACAAUGGAGGUGGCCACAUUGUGAUUCUCUCAAGAAGAAACCCAAAUACUGAAAUGAAACAACAAAUAGCCAAAGCAAUGAGUGAAAAAGAGAACACUAAGAUAAUAACAAUAUCAUGUGAUAUAGGCCAUUAUGCUGAUGUGAAGAAAGCUAUUGAUUCAAUACAAAAGAUCUUCCCAAAUAUUCCAAUCAAAGGUGUCUUUCACAGUGCUGUUGUUCUGCAUGAUGGCAUCUUGGAGAAUUUAAAUUUGUCACUCUUUGAGAAGGUCCUGAGCCCAAAAGUUAAUGGUGCUGUCAAUCUCCACUGUGCCACAUUAAACCAAAAACUGGAUUAUUUUGUAUGUUAUUCAUCUGUUGCUUCCUUUCUUGGAAACUACGGACAAGCUAAUUAUGCUGCUGCCAACUCCUUUCUGGACAUUUUCUGCCAAUACAGAAGAAAUCUUGGUCUUCCUGCCCAAUCAAUUAAUUGGGGAGCUCUGAAUAUUGGGGCUCUGAAUAUUGGGGUGUUAUUGGAUCAACCACAGGUUCGUAACAUUUUGCAAGCAAGAGGACUACUUCUGUUAAGUGUACCAGAAAUUCAUGAAUACCUGAAGAAAUGUCUCUUACUAAACAAUACUCAGCAGGCAAUAGUCAAGUUUGAUUUUAAAUUGAUAUAUGACAGCCUGGCUUCACGCAUCCCAGGUAUGAAGAGGAGAUUGUUCAGUUUGGUGAAUGAAUAUGUGAACAAUUUGGAUGACAAAAACCAAAUAAAGCGAUCCAAAGUUAAUACACAGAAAUCAGAGGAAUACAUUUUGUCACUAGUAAGUGAACUCACAAGUGUAACUUUAGGUGACAUCACAAUGAGUAGCCUUAUGAUUUCUUUAGGAAUUGACUCUAUGUUGGCAAUGACAUUACAGCAACGUGUCUUUGAAGAGAAAGGAGUAAAUGUUUCUGUUGUCAAACUACUGGAUCCCAACACAACCAUUUUAGAUGUGGGCUCAUGGAUUAAAGAAAACUCUUCAGAUGAAGAAAAGUUGACGGAGAAAAUAAUACUGGACACAAAGCUGUAA